AUGGCUGAGGAGCUGUCCCAGAACUUUGAGACGCUGCAAUUGCACGCUGGUUAUACUCCAGAUUCAGCGACAAAUUCACGCGCUGUGCCAAUCUACGCUACCACGUCCUACACCUUCAAUGACUCCGCUCACGGCGCGAGGCUGUUCAGCCUUAAGGAGUUUGGUAACAUCUACAGCCGUAUCGGCAACCCGACUGUUGGUGUCUUCGAGGCCCGUAUCGCAGCGCUCGAAGGCGGUGUCGCAGCUCUAGCAGCUUCAUCCGGCCAAGCCGCCCAGUUUAUUGCUAUCAACGCCCUCGCACAUGCCGGAGACAACAUCAUCGCAACCACAAACCUCUACGGAGGCACAUACAACCAGCUGAAGGUCUUCUUCCCAAGGCUAGGCAUCGAGACCAAGUUCGUCAAUGGUGACAAGCCAGAAGACUUCAAAGCUGCGAUCGACGAUAAGACCAAGGCUAUCUACCUCGAAUCCAUCGGUAACCCAAAGUACAACGUACCAGAUUUCGAGAAGAUCGCUGCAAUCGCACAUGAAGCUGGUGUCCCGGUCAUCGUAGAUAACACAUUCGGGGCUGGAGGAUACUUCGUCCGACCCAUCGAUCACGGCGCAGACAUUGUCGUCCAUUCAGCUACAAAGUGGAUCGGAGGCCACGGCACAACGAUCGGCGGGGUCAUUGUCGAUAGCGGCAAGUUCGACUGGGGCAAACACGCAAAGCGUUUUCCUCAAUUCAACAACCCUUCGGAGGGCUACCACGGCCUUAAGUUCGUGGACACCUUUGGCCCAAUCGCAUUCAUCAUCCGCGCCCGAGUCGAGAUCCUUCGCGACUUGGGUGCAGCGCUCAAUCCCUUCGCUGCCCAGCAACUACUCCUUGGUAUCGAGACACUCAGCCUACGAGCCGAGCGUCACGCGUACAACGCGCUCAAGCUCGCGAAGUGGCUGGAGAGCAACGAGAACGUGAGCUGGGUAUCUUACCCCGGUCUCGAGAGCCACCAAUCGCACGAGCUCGCGAAGAAGUACCUCAAGCGCGGAUUCGGAGGCGUGCUCUCAUUCGGUGUGAAGGGCGGUGGUGCCGCAGGAAGUCAGGUUGUCGACAACUUCAAAUUGAUUUCUAACUUGGCGAAUGUUGGUGAUUCGAAGACGCUUGCUAUCCAUCCUUGGACUACAACACAUGAGCAGUUGAGUGAUGAGGAGAAGGAGGCUUCUGGUGUCACCGAGGACCUCAUCCGUAUCUCCGUCGGAACUGAGCACAUCGACGACAUCAUUGCAGACUUUGAGCAGUCGUUUAAGAAGUCAGCCACUAAACCUGAUGAGAAGGGCGAGCCUGCCAAUGCUGGAAAGACCGGUGAUACUGAGGUGUCUGCUUCCAUUCAUGGAUCCAUCUAA